AUGGGUGUACUCUUGGAGCAAGGUAGCCAUGGUGGAUCAGAAUUUGGGGAAAAAAAGCUGGGCAUUCCAAAAAAUGCGUCCAGUGAUGGAUUUGUUGUGCCUGAGAACAACUCUUUUGGCCAAUCAUUCAGGGAUUAUGGUGCAAAAAACGAAAGGAAUAAGACAGUGGAAGAGUUCUAUCGACUCAGCCACAUUAAUCAAACAUAUGACUUCGUGAUGAAAAUGAGGGAAGCCUACAAGAAAAUGGAUAGAGUGGAGAUGAGUAUCUGGGAAUGUUGCGAGCUGCUGAAUGAUGUCGUGGACGAUAGCGAUCCCGACUUGGAUGAACCUCAGAUUGAGCAUUUGCUCCAAACUGCUGAAGCUAUCAGAAAAGAUUAUCCAAAUGAAGAUUGGUUGCAUCUCACAGCUCUCAUCCAUGACCUUGGAAAAGUUCUUCUCCUCCCUACUUUUGGAGGGCUUCCUCAGUGGGCUGUUGUAGGUGACACAUUUCCUCUGGGUUGUGCCUUUGAUGAGGCCAAUAUCCAUUACGAGUUUUUCAGAGACAACCCUGAUUACAAAAAUCCAUUGUACAACACUAAGACUGGAGUGUAUACAGACGGCUGCGGAUUAGAGAAUGUAGUGAUGUCUUGGGGACAUGAUGAUUAUAUGUACUUGGUGGCUAAGGAGAACAAGACUACAUUACCAGCUGCUGGAUUGUUUAUCAUCCGAUACCAUUCCUUUUAUGCUUUGCAUAAGGGUGAUGCUUACAAGUACCUGAUGAAUGAAGAAGAUGUUGAAAAUCUGAAAUGGCUCAAGAUUUUCAACAAAUAUGAUCUCUACAGUAAAAGCAAAGUGAGGAUUAAUGUGCAGGAAGUCAAGCCAUACUACUUGUCUCUGAUUAACAAGAGACAAAAUGACAAAAACUCCAAAAGGUCACCCUGUGGAUUCAGCAUCUUCAAUGAAAAAGAUCAUAAAGCUGUGGUUGUGGUUUGUGAAGAAGAGUCAAAGGGGGUUUCUUUUCAUUCUGUAACUCAAAGGAGGAAAGAAAGAGAUCUUUUUGCAAUAGCUAUGUCUGUUUCAACCCUUAAUAUUGUAGUUGCUUCUAAUGCAAAAGCAGCAGAUAACAGAGAAGGAAGAGGAAGAACCAACAGAUUGGAUGACAAAGGAAGACGGGGUCUGCUCCUUUCAGCUGCUGUUGCUGUGACUCAAGUGCCUGAGUCCAGAACUGAGCUGCUUAACAAAUAUCUGAAGAAAUCCCAAGACAACAAAGCUAAAAAUGAUAAAGAGAGAUUGGAUAGCUACUACAAGCGCAACUAUAGAGACUAUUUUAGCUCCAUUGAAGGGACCCUGAGGCAGAAAAACAAAGAAGAGCUUUCCGAGUCUGAGAAAAGCAUUCUUGAGUGGCUUGACAAUAACAAAUGA